UGACGCACGAGAUCGUACGCGUAUACGCACGAGAGCGCGUAGCCCCACAUUGUCAUUGCCAUCCUGGCUAAGUAGCAUUCCACUGCUCCUAAACUCGCUGGUGGCUUGUUACAGCUUGACAUACCGGUACUUGGCCAGUUGCUCCUUGAAACCACUGCACAGGAUCGCGAUGACAGAGAAGCAGUCCGAAGCGUCUCGCCCCUCUGCCCCACCUGGAGAGCAAGACCUCAGUCUAGUCGCCAGCGGUGGCACGGAUGCCGGCCUUCACAGCACUCUGCUAAGUACUGAGCAUGAACCAAGCAAAACUACCAGUCUCACUACUACCACACGUGGCAGUACCACGCUCGGCAGUGUGACAUUUGAUACUGCUAAUACUACUGACACUUCUGCUGGCGCUACUACUCUUGACAUUACUCCUAGCAGUACUGCUGGUACUACUACGCUUGCCAUUACUUCUGCUGGCACUACUACGCUUGGAACUACUACUACCGCACUGACGCAACUAGAAUCCAUGCAGUCUGCAGUAGGACCCCACGAAGUUGGCCUUGCAAUUGAUAGGGAUACUGUGAUGAUGAUUCCCAGUUCCGAUAAUCAAUUUCGUGCGGCAGUAGUGGCAAGCAUCUUCCUCGCGUUCGUCAGUGCCACCCUCUUCGCCUUCCUGUUCAAGCUACUAUGUCAAGAGACAAAGCUCGAAGACGACGGUGACGCUGCCAUAAGAAAUAGGGUCACUGUUCUCGUGCUCCGACCGAAGAGGUCUCCUAUCACCCUGUUUCUCCAGCUCCGUCGAUGUACCAGCUUCAACUACUCAGUGCAUAGUCCACACAACGGACUUACCUACCAAUGUUCAACAAACUGAAAAAUAUUUAUAGACUAUACCAAUCACUUGACUCGAUCAAUAUAUUUUAGAUUGUGACUGGCGGAAAA